AUAAAUAAAUUACGUGCUUGGGACUAUAUUAAGAAGAUGCUAAAUUUUCAGAACUUGUGUUAAGAAAAAAUUAAUCCUUUCACAGCAGAUCCAACAUUUCUUUGACAGCAAUAGCACGAUGACUGGUGCAGAGAGGUACCCAGACUUCUUCAAAGUCUUCCUUCAAGAGCAGCACUCGGAAAGAAUACUUAUUCCCAAUGCUUUUGUGAAGUUGGAACGGUUACAGGGAAAGAUCCCUGAGGAUGUCCUCCUCAGGAAUAGUAGUGAGAGAGUGUGGCAUGUUAAAACACGGUUUUUUGGAGACAGAUUAUAUUUCGAUGAAGGGUGGAAGAUUUUCCAUGAAGAAAACUGCUUAAGAAAUGUAGAUUUUCUGAUAUUUAGAUAUGACGGGGUUAAUGAGUUCAGGGUCAAAAUCCUUGAAAGAUCAACACAGUGUGAGAAAACUCUGGUAAAGAUGGAGGAGGAGGAAGGGAAUGAAGAAGAGAAAGCAGCAACACAAGAAGUUGAAGAGACAGUGAUAACACAGGAGGAACAAGCUGAUGACUGUGACAUAGAGGACGAGGAAGACAGUGAAGAUCAGGACUACGAUGACGAUGACAAUGACGAUAGUGAUUUUGAUGAGAACACAGAGAUGGAAGAACAGAGUGAAGAAGAAAUCUUCGUUGAUCCUGUUGGAUACACCAGUCAAAGUUAUCGAAAAACUUGCAGAAGGGACACUGCAUCAAAUUCGUACCCCCAGACUGAAGACCCUUUCAAAGAAGAUGAAUUUGACCCAGAAACGUGCAUUCAGCCAGAGAAUAAUUUUUUUGAAGCAAAACUCUACAGAAGUAGACCCAACGAAUUGCAUAUUCCAGGAAUCGCCAUUCAAGAUUUUUCUCUCAGUUUUCCUGAAAAGAUUACCCUUAAAUGUUGUCAACACUGCCAGCGUAAGGAUAUUCAAAGAAACAAAUUACAAGACUAUCAUCUCAACUUGGCACAAGAGACACCCAUCAGAAAAAGAUAUUUAGAAGUGACGGGAAAAGUGUGUAGGUGGCAGGAUGAUAGAAUAUGUAUCAAGGGUUGGGCAAACUUUAGCAGAAGGAACAAGAUAAAAAAUAAUGAUGUAUGCAUCUGUGAAGUUAUAUCAGACGAAGACCAAGUAGUAAGAACAUUUCUGGUGCACGUUAUAGGUACUAGGAGGGAAUAAACACACAAUCGUCUGCCAGAGAUUUGGAUUAGUGCUAAUUACACGCUCUAAAUAGUUUUAGGAAUUAAUGCUUAUAGUUUUCUUUCGUAAUGGUUUCUUCCGUUCUGACUUGUAAUGGCUACCAUAUUUAUCUAUUAUUGGUUGCACUAUCAUUUAGAUUAACACUAUUGCC